AUUGCGCUUUAAUCCCAACGACAACAGGGCGGGGCACUCUGUUGCCGUUCCGAAAACAGCUUAGGUGUGGGAAGAAAGGGCGGAAGAGGGAUCGGACGGCGGAGGACAAGGAGAGUCGGAGAUCGACGAUGGAGGAGAUCGCUUUAUGGGAGGAGGAGGAGGAGGAGGAGGAGGGAUGGAGAUGCCGGAAGCAUCCGUCGCAGCCCUGUUACGGCGUUUGCGCCGCCUGCCUCCGGGACCGGCUCCUGCUCCUGUGCCCGGACUGCGCUAACGUGCGCCCCUGCGGGUGCUCCCCCCUCUCGUCGUCGUCGUCGUUGUCGUCGGCGUCCUCUCUCUCCUCUUUCUCCUACGCAGUUCUCGGGAGAUCCGGCAGCUGCGGCGCCGCUAUCGGGGCCGUAGGGCGGGUCUCAAACCUCAUCCAGAGCGAGCCCGCGUUCCGCCGGUCCAGACCCGAGUUCCAGCUCCUACGGUCGAGAUCGGUAGCCGCAGCGCUUGGCGAGCCUGGCGUUGCUGCGCCGCCCCAGGACCGCGGGGGGCGUGGGUGGGGGGCGUUCUGGCCGUUCUCGAGGAGGAAGGGGGACGGGGAGGAGCAGGAGAGGAAACCGCCGGAGGUGCAGCUGUCGCGAUCGAGGUCGGUUGGGGUGGUGGCUUACCCGGAUUCCGGUGGUGGCGGAGGGAAGGCGAAGGGGUGGCGGUCGUAUUUUCCAAGCCCCAUGAAAGCUUUCCGGUACCGGAAGUCCACGAAGGUCGUCAAGCAGCGAUCGCCGCUCUCCCGGGGUUGAUAAGCUCGCCGGCGGUUCGGAAGAACGAAGAAAAAUAUUUUUUAUAUACUUCUGUCAGGUAUUUUUGCGUGUUAUAUUUAUAUAUGUAUUUACUGUAAUAUACUCGAAAAAAAUUUGGUUGGAAUCGUCAGGAAAGUGGAAAUGUCGUGGUUGGUGAUA